AUGGAAAAUUCAAAAACAGAAAUUCUUCAUUGGAUCAAUGCUCUACUCAAAGUAAUUCAUUCUAAAUACCUUAGACAAAUCUUACAAAAAUAGAACAACUUGGCAAUGGAAUAGCCUACUGUAAACUACUUAACAUGAUUGAUCCUACUUGUUUGAAUCCUACUAAAAUUGUCCUAAAAACUAAAACACAAAUUGAUCACAUCAACAAUCUCAAACUAUUCCAAACUGCUAUGCAAAAACUUCACCUAAAAAAACAAUUCGACAUUGACAAAGUCAGCAAGUGUUACUUCCAUGAAAAUUACGACCUAGCCUUAUUUCUCAAGAAGCAAUACACACUAAGAUUCUCUGCAUCAAACAAAGAAAACACAUCACUCAAUAAUUCCCUCAUCUGUGAAAAUCCUCCAAAUAUUAUUGAUGAACAAUAAACUUCCAAUAAUGUCUUAUUAACUUAAAUAACAACCAUAAUGCUUAGUACUGACUAACCUGAAACCAAAGUCCUACAAACCAUAAAUUUAUUGAAAUCUCAUGAUUUCAUUAAAAAUGAUUCUCACUUCAUUGAGAAUAAUACUCUUUAUGAGAAUUCCAAUAGCAUAUUUACUCUGUUCAACAACUAAAAUCAAAAUGUUUUUAACACUGAUAAUCUUUUCAGAACAGAUUCGAAAAAAUAGCAAUCCCUUGAAUAAAAGAGCAAUUUAUUAUGUGAAACUCCAGAAAUGCUUCUGGAUCCCCAUUCAAACAAUGAGGAUAUAUUUGAACAUCAAUCAUCAUCUAAAUUGAUUAUGAAAAUACAAUCCCAAUCAAAGUAACAAUUACAAAUAGAAAUGAAAAAAGAAACACCAAACUUUUGUGAAUCUUCAUUUAUUCCAUAACCAUAACAAAAUAGUCUAGCUGAAUUCAUAAAAUCAGAGAGUAAAUAACAACAACAAUAUAUGCAUUAAUACUCUUUAUAAAAAUAACUUUAGAUGUAAAAUCAAAUUAAUAAUAAUCCAUCAUAAGAGUAUCAAUCUCCAUUCAGAGAUUAAGUUGUUUAAUAAUAAAUAUCUUCAUAAAAAGAGAUUUUUAAUUAAACUACAAAUCCCCAGAUGUUUUCGUCCUACAAAAAAGAAACUCCUUAAAACAACUCUGUGUUCUAUUCAUGCAAAGAUUAAGGAGCAAUAAUUGAAGAAUGA